GUUCUUUCGAUUUCGAUUUUUCCCCAUAGAAAUACAUUAAUAUUCGGUUUGUUUACAUUCGCUUCUCACCUUCUAAGACCUCGAUUAAAGUGUAUUACGAAUUCAUUUGAUUUCUCCUUAAUUGUUCACCUUUCUUUCAUCUAUGAGUGUAUUUUUCUAAUUUUAAUUGUUACUGAUUUUCUUGUUAAUGUGAACAUUGGUUUAAAUUGUUGGAAUACAAUUGAAACUGAUGAUCAAAUAUUGGAACAUGUUAACAGGUUCGAGAAUGGAAAACAAUCAAUACUCUCAACGAAUUGUGAUUACAUCGUUUCGCUUUUUCUAUUACAAUUAAUUUUAAUUCUACAAUUUCUUCAACUUUAACUGUUGUUUAUUCCUGAAUUUGCUCAUUACUAUUAUCGAUUGAAAUUAUCUCUUGAACAAUAAUGUCUUCAGAAGAGGAAUCGAUGACUCUACUAGGAGAUUCUAUUUCCAUCCAUGAUUCUGUUCCAUUCUGUCCAAAAGAAUCACAAUUAACUGAUAGAGAGCCACCAAUCGAAUUAAAUAAUACAACAAAUGCCAUAAAUAGACAACGAAUUAAGGAACAAUUUAGAAAACAAAAAGAAGCUCUGGUUCGAUUGAUUGAGAAACAAAGACACCAAUUGGAAGAGGGUGGAAAACACCUCAUAUGGAAGAGGAAAAGUGAACAAAGUUUAGACCAUGAUGUGGUCAUUAUAUUCCCACCCAAAGGAUACCCAAUGAUGGACUGUUUACAGAAUUUAAUCAAUCGAUUGGUACCACAAUUAGUGCUCGAAAGCAAAUCUCUCACCAAUAAUAACGAACAAGCCUUUUAUGUAUCAGCUGAACCAGAAUGGCUUCAGGAGGCCGCGAUUUUCUUGGGCUAUCUUGAUAAUAAUCCAGUUAAUCGAUACAAAUCUCAACAAUCAGCAUCAUCAUCAUGUUUAUCUUCACCUUUGACCCCAACAACACCAGCCUCAUGUUGCCCGAUCCUUUCAGCCGCAACUCGACAAAAUAUAAUCCGUUAUUAUCUGAACACGUUAAGAUGGUUCAAGGAAAGUUCAUCGUUCGAUGAUAAUUUGGUUAAUCAGAUGAAAUUGAUUGACGGUGAAGCGAUUAUACCUAAAUUGUUACAAUUAGGUUACAUUAAACAAUUACUGCCAUUACACAAUGAGGAGGAAUUAUCUUCACUUCGUAAAUCUUGGGUCUCCGAUUUUACCUCAUCUCAACCACUCGAAGAAAUCUAUUCCUAUUUCGGUGUAAAGAUCGCCCUGUAUUUCGCCUUCCUUGGACAUUACACCUAUUCCCUUUUACUUCCUGGACUAUUUGGUCUUCUAAUUAGUGUUACCUGUUCUGACCAAUGGUCAAGUGAUCUUUGUUUAACCCUUUUUCCAAUUAUACUCACCGUUUGGUCCUCCCUUUAUUUGGAAUCCUGGAAAAAGUAUGGAACAACUUUGACCGAUCAAUGGUCAUCGACAACUUCAACCUCUCGAUCUAAUCAAUCAGAAUUGAUUGAUAUUCGUCCACAAUUCCAUGGUGUGGUCACUCGAAAGGAUUCCCAAGGAAUCGCUGAGAUUUUCUAUCCUCAUUGGAAAAGAAAAUUAUUUUUUUACCUAAUCACAAUCCCGGUAAUGGGCUUGUCGUUGUUAAUUGUUUUUCUCUCAAUGUUUUAUAUGCUUCAUUUUCAGACUUGGUGGGAUAAUAUUGCCAUUGGUGAACAAUUUUAUCCAAAGUGGACAUCAUAUUUUCCCAAGGUAUUGUUUGGACUGGUCAUUCAUAUUCUAGAUGUUGUUUAUGAGAAAUUAGCUCUCUGGUUGAACAAUAAAGAAAACUAUCAAUACCAAGAAACUUAUGAGAGCAAUUUGAUGAUUAAACUUGUCCUGUUUCAAUUCGUUAAUUCAUUUCUGUCCUUAUUUUACAUUGCCUUUUAUAUUGGAGACAUGGCUAAAUUACGAGAGCAAAUGAUUGCACUUUUAAUAACAAGACAAGUUAUUGGAAACAUCAAGGAAUCGCUUUGGCCUUUUUUAACUCAGUCGUAUAAAUUGUCACCGACUUUGGCCUCGACGGAGGUCACUCAGGCCGAACUGGAAUCGAGUUUAUAUUCGUACGAAUCAACAUUCGAAGAUUAUCUCGAACUGUUCAUUCAAUUUGGUUAUGUCACACUCUUCUCAGUCACAUUCCCUUUGGCAGCGUUUUGUGCGUUGAUUAACAAUCUAAUUGAAAUCAGGAGCGAUGCAUUUAAAUUGUGUGUCACUUAUCAACGACCUUUCAGUAUUCAGGGAAAUCGCAAUUUACUGAUUUGGCAGAAAGCGAUCAACAUAAUGAUCUAUGUUUCCAUCGUUGUUAAUUGUUCCCUUCUCGUUAAAUCAGGCCAACUUGAAAGGCUGCUCCCGAUGCUUAAUCAAUCACAAAUCAUAAUCACUGGAGUAAUUAUUGAGCAUCUUCUUAUCAUCAUUAAAUUGGCUAUUGAAAAGUUUGAUUGGAAGUCUACAAUUAACUCUUGUAUAUUAAAUUAUAAACAGUUAAUUGUUAAAUCAACGGUAAAUCAAGAGGAGCAAGAACAAGAAUCAGAGACGAACAAGAAAAUUGAUUAAGUUAAUUGUUACUUCAAUUAAUCUCCAUCCAUUUCCAUCUGUAAAUAAUUAAUCAACUCAUUGAAAAUAGUGAUUCUGGUUAACUAAUUAACUGUUUUAUUUAUUGUUUAAUUGUUCCGAUUGUUAUUCUUGUAUCACAAUUUAAUCAAAGAUUUACUUCAUCUUAAAUCAUGUUUUAAUUUGGAUUGGUGAUGGUUAACAAUUAAGGAUAAAUAGAUUGAAUUAAAGUUUGAUUUUAUUAAUAAUUGAAAA